GGGCGGACACGUGACGCACUUCCCUUGGUAGAUAACACGGUUUAACAGUUAGUUAUUUGCUGCACGGACUGGGUAACGUAUUUACAAACCGCACGAUUUCACUUUGAGACGCAUCGACUUUGUUGCAUACAGAAACAGCUAGAGGACCAACAUGUCUCAAUCCAGACUGAUGCCGCAACCAAUAUGUUUGGUGAAGAAUGUGUGUGGAUCGCUCCAAGUUUGUAAGGACGCAAUUGAGUUCUUGAAUGGGAUCAAUGAGCCGGUGGUGGUCGUGUCUGUAGUGGGACUCUACCGUACAGGGAAGUCUUACCUUAUGAACCGCCUAGCGGGACAACAGACAGGCUUUGCUCUCGGUAACACUAUUGAAUCAAAGACCAAAGGCAUCUGGAUGUGGUGUGUCCCUCAUCCAUGUGAAGCAGGACAGACUCUGGUGCUGCUGGACACAGAAGGACUGGGUGAUAUAGACAAGGGAGACUCUAAGAACGACGGCUGGAUCUUCUGUCUGGCUGUUCUGCUCAGCAGCACUCUGGUGUACAACAGCCGAGGAACCAUCGAUAAUGACGCCAUACAAAAGCUGCAUUACGUCACAGAGAUUUCUGAGCAGAUCAAGAUCAGAUCAGCAGAAGCAGGUGAAGAGGAGGAUGAAGAUUCUCAGUUUGUGCGUUUUUUCCCAUCAUUCGUCUGGGUUGUGAGAGAUUUUACUUUGAGUUUGGAAAUUGACGGGAAGAAAGUGACAGAGGACGAAUACCUUGACUUUGCCCUUCAGCUGAAGAAAGGUGUCAAUAAGAAAAUCAGCGACUACAAUCUGCCUCGUGAGUGUAUCCGGAGUUAUUUCCCAUCCCGAAAGUGUUUCGUGUUCCCAUCUCCAGCCUCACCAGAAAACAUGAGACGGUUAGAGAGCCUACAAGAACGUGACCUUGUGCCAGCUUUUCUAGAGAACACAGGUCGUUUCUGUGAAUACAUAUUUGUCAAGAGUCCUGUGAAAACACUGAAAGGAGGACACAGAGUUACUGGGAAAUUGCUGGGUCAGUUGGCUCAGAUUUAUGUAGAGACCAUCAGCAGUGGUAAAGUUCCCUGUCUGGACAAUGCUGUGGUCGCUCUUGCAAAUCUAGAGAACAAGGCGGCUGUUCAAGAAGCUUUCAAAGUGUAUCAGAGUGGAAUGGAAGAGGUGAAGAACAAGUUCCCUGUAAGUGUGACUGAUUUUACCUCAGAGCAUCAGAAGUUCAGCAAACUGGCAACUUCCGAGUUUAUGAAACGUUCCUUUAAAGAUGAAAAAGGAGAUUACUUAAAGGAACUGGUGCAAGAUAUCGAUAUGUACUAUCUGGUACUGAUGGACGAGAAUGAGAUGGCAUCAGAGAGGAAGUGUAAAGAGCUGCUGAAGGAUCUGUUCUCUGACAUGAAUGAACGACUGCAGAAUGGAGAAUACAGUCAGUGUGGAGGAUAUGAAAUCUACUGCAGAGACAGAGACGCCAUCAUUGCACAGUACCGCAGAGAACCAAACAAAGGAGUCAAGGCUGAGGCCGUACUGAAUGAGAUCUUGAAUGAGAGGGAAGCUGAAGGAAAGAGCAUCCUUCACGCUGAUAAAAAACUCACUGAAAAUGACAGAAAGAUCCAAGAGGAGAAAGAGAAGGCGGCUCUGCUGGAGCAGAAAUGUAAGGAGGAAGAAGAGAAACGUAUUGAGUGUGAACGAAUGAUGGAGGUGGAGCAAGAGCGUCAGCAGGACAGAAUAAAGCAGAUAGAGGAGAAGUUCAACAAGGAGGUGGAGCAACAACAGGAGGAGAUGGAAAGAGCUGUGGAGAGCAAAGUAAAGGAGCGGGAAGCACUCCUAGACAAAGGCUUUAAGGAGAAAGCUGAACUAAUGGAGGAUGAGAUAAAAAAUCUAAAGAAACAACAAGAGGAGAAAAGUUCUGGUGGUUGGUUUAAGGAAUAUGUGAUGCCUCUUGUUAAAACGUGUGCUGAAGUGCUUCCCACUCUCCUCCAACAUAGAUUUUUGAUGAAAAGACUCAAAUGAUAAAUAUCUAAUAAUUAUAUAUAACUGUUAUCUCACAGUCAUUAAUUCAGUAUAGGGUUUAAGAUAUAUACUGAAAUGCAUCUCUGGGGGUGUUGAAAUGUUUUAUUUACAUUUCUCUAAACUUGGAGGCUGAAACAUGUAUAAUGUUGGCUGAACUGUAAAGUUGUUUUUGUGCGAUUCUUAUUUUAAGCCUCAAAAACAAUUAUGUUUCUUGCUC